AUGAUGUUUGGACUCCCGGAAGAUGCUGAUGAUUCCGAAGAUGGAUAUGAAGCGGAAGAUCCAGAUACUAAUUUGAAUUUAACUCGUGUCUUUGAGGAUGAAGACCUAUUUGAACAUCAAGGAAGCAGUGCAUCAGGACCGGGCUUAGUUCCAAGCCCGAUUCCCGGUACAUCUUUGGACGAGAAUUGGGAAAAUGUCAGUCCAAAUAUUGAACGAUUUGAACGCCAGUCUGAAGACAGUCCCAUUCGCGGCCCGAUACGUCGUCGUCGUGUUCUCUCUUCAGAAUCCUCGUCGUCCUCGGAAAACGAAUCACAGAGUGAAACCUCAGCAGAUGAUGUAGAGGUAGAGUCGGUACAAGGAACGACGGGCGGGCGAGUGGAGUUGCCUUGCGAAGUGAGUCCAGCUCUCUCUGCAGACAAAGUUGGCCUCGUUAUAUGGUACAAGCAAGGCCACGAAACACCAAUAUAUUCGCCAGAAGACAGCGGCCAGUACAGAUGUCGGGUAGACUUCAUAAAAUCUCCGACUAAGAAUACAAGACUCAACCUCACAGUGCUUAGUAGUGAAGGCAAUGACAAAGUGCACGGGAAUAUACUUGGACCUUACGACAAAGGAGCAGAGGUGAAUUUAACCUGCAUAGCUGUGGGAGGUCGUCCGAUAGCAAGGGUGUCAUGGUGGAAGUCACAUGCUUUACUAGCCAACUCAGAAGCAUUAGCUACAGUCUCAUUUAAACUUCACAGGCCUGACUUCAGUACCGACAUCACAUGUCAGGCAGUUACGGAUCCAUCAAUACCACCGUUAUCUAACAGACUUUCGAUUGAUAUGAAUUUACCUCCGCUUUCGGUGCGAAUACAAGGCGGGAAGCGACCUUUAGUGGCUGGUCAAAGUACGGAAUUAACAUGUCAAGUAGUGGGGGCCAGGCCGAAACCUGUUAUAUCUUGGUGGAAAGGAGGAACCAAGUUAACUACUGUAUGGGAUUCCACUUCGAUGGAUAGAGAUAUCACCACAAGCGUUCUAACUUUUGUGCCAGCGAUAGAAGACGCAGGGAGAGUUUUACCAUGCAGGGCAGCUAAACCAAAAAUAUCGCACACUACUCGAGAAGAUGGCUGGAAAAUGGAGAUACAGCGUAAAUAUCUCAACAAAUUCAUCACAAGAUUUUUCUUAUAUUAA